UAGAUUCACUCGUCUAGCAUAAUUUAUUCCAUGUUUAACGGUCACCGAAACCCCACCGACAAGUUCUAUGUGCUCUCAACCUGCUUUCUUGUCGUGGCCACCAGCAUCUCAUUCUUGCUGGUCGUCAUCGACACCGCGAAGACGACGCCAAACGACUUCGCCGGCCUGGGCCGGCCCGCGGCCGAAGCCGUCAUCGCGCUCUCGUUCAUGGUUGUGCUCCUCGCCAUGCUCGCCCUCGGGAUCACCAUCUACGAGAAGAUGCACGAGCUCCCUCUCGUCCCGUCGAAGCACGCCGAGGCCGGCACCGACGAGGCCAAGCACGCCCCCGACGGUGCGAACAGGGCGCGCGCGGCGCUUUCGGACAUGCAGGCUGCUGCCGCCGGCUCCUCCGCUGGGCCGGACGGACACCGCCGGAGCGUGCACUUCGUGGUCAGCGACUUCAAGCACGUCGCGCAUGUGGGCCCGGACACGCUCGAGCAGCCUCAGGCCAUUGAGCCGCUCGACCUCGAGACGAUGGAGGACGUCCCGCUCACCCCCGUGGACCCGAGCCCUCGCUCCGAGGAGACAGUCAGGCUCACUGUCCCCGAGGAGGCUCACACAUCUGCGACGGGCAAGCACCGUCAGAUGUCAUAUGACUUGGGGUACUGGUCGGGCAUCGGGCGGGCUGUGUAGGGCACGAGUUCUCUGUGAGAGAUCUGCAUGGCGAGUCCAUGCACUCUGGCUUCCUAGGUAUGUACCCCUCACUGCUGCGACAUCACAUCUUCAAACCCUGUGUUAUUACUACCACACAUCGUACAGUAUGCUUGUAAUUUUAAGCACAUUAAGUGGCGUUGCAUCAUCGACGUCAACUCGGCCAGAUCGGAUAUGGUUCAAUGGUGUAGUGGUUAUCACUCCUGUCUUACACACAGGCGGUCGUCGGUUCGAUCC